UGGGCAUUGAGGUUCCGCGCGUGAAACGUCAACCGCCUUUGACAGCUACGUCGAAGUUUCGGUUGGUAGCUCUGGUUCUUUCUUUUUCCGGUCUUGAAGAUGGGUAUUGAUAUCAAUCACAAGUGGGACCGUAAGGUUCGCCGUACCAAGCCCAAGUCGUUGGACGUGUACCUGCGGCUGCUGGUCAAGCUCUACCGCUUCCUGUACCGCAGAACGCACAAGAAGUUCAACAAAAUCAUUCUGCGUCGUCUGUUCAUGAGCAGAACCAAUCAGCCACCAAUUUCGCUGUCCCGAGUGGCCAAAUUGAUGAAGCUGCGCGGAAAGGAUGAGAACACCAUUGCCGUCGUUGUCGGAACCGUGACCAACGAUGACCGCAAGCUGUACUGCCCGAAGAUGAAUGUGUGUGCCCUGCGUGUGACGGAAAAGGCCCGUGAGCGUAUCCUGAAGUGGGGAGGUAAGAUCUACACCUUCGAUCAGCUGGCGCUGGUUGCCCCUACCGGAAAGAACACCGUCCUGAUGCAAGGAGAACGCACCGCCCGUGAAGCAUUCACCCACUUUGGACGUGCUCCUGGUGUGCCACACUCCAACACCCGGCCCUAUGUCCAAUCGAAGGGACGCAAGUAUGAGAAGGCUCGUGGUCGCCGCAGCAGCUGCGGAUUCAAAAACUAAGAAGAAAGAGGGGAAAUUCACAACUACUGUCGGUUCUCAAGGAAACACAACAUCUUUCCUUCUAUUGUUUGUGUAUUUAAGUGAAAAUAUAAGAAACAUGAUUCCAUGAAAUCGAA